AUGGAAGGCAAUUCCAGCGCCGGGGCGGUCCCUCCCUCGCCCCGGUUCACCAUUGCUGACGUGAUUGUCGUGGUGGCGUAUUUCAUUUUGAACUUGGCGGUGGGCAUAUGGUCUUCCUGUAGGGUCAACAGGAACACGGUGAGCGGCUAUUUCCUGGCGGGGAAGAACGUCGCUUGGUGGCCGAUCGGAGCGUCUCUCUUUGCUAGCAGCGAAGGGUCGGGCCUUUUCAUCGGGCUGGCCGGCUCCGGGGCCGCUGGGGGGAUAGCCGUGGCCGGCUUCGAAUGGAACGCCACCUACGUGCUUCUGGCCUUGGCUUGGGUGUUCGUCCCUCUCUACAUCUCUUCAGGGAUUGUCACCAUGCCGGAAUAUCUCCAACGGCGGUUUGGCAGAGAGCGGAUCCGCGUGUACCUUUCGGUCCUGUCGCUCCUGCUGUCGGUCUUCACCAAGAUAUCUACGGACCUGUAUUCGGGAGCUCUUUUUGUUCAAGUCUGCCUGGGAUGGAACCUCUAUCUCUCCACUAUCUUGAUGCUGGCCGUCACGGCGGUUUACACAAUUGCAGGUGGUUUGGCCGCUGUCAUCUAUACAGAUGCCUUGCAGACGUGCAUCAUGAUUGUGGGAGCUGUUGUCUUGGCGGUGAUGGCUUUUGACCAAAUUGGGGGCUACCGCAACCUGGAAGCAGCCUACUUGAACGCUGUCCCCUCCAGGAUUAUCCCCAACACCACCUGCCAUCUGCCCAGGCCCGACGCCCUGCACCUCUUCCAAGAUCCCCGCUCGGAUGACUUGCCCUGGACCGGCAUGACGUUUGGCCUCUCAGUUUUGGCCACGUGGUAUUGGUGCACGGACCAGGUCAUUGUUCAGAGAUCCCUGUCCGCGAGAGACCUGAACCACGCCAAGGCCGGGUCCAUCCUCGCCAGCUAUUUAAAAAUGCUGCCCAUGAUUCUCAUCAUCGUUCCCGGAAUGGUCAGCCGGAUCCUAUAUCCAGAUGUCGUUGCCUGUGUGGACCCGGAGGAAUGCGCUCAGGUGUGCGGGGCGGCGGUCGGGUGCUCCAACGUCGCUUACCCCAAGCUGGUGAUUGAGCUCAUGCCGAGCGGUCUGCGGGGAUUAAUGAUCGCGGUCAUGAUGGCUGCUCUGAUGUCAUCGCUGACCUCGAUCUUCAACAGCUGCAGCACCCUCUUCACCAUGGACAUCUGGAGGAAGAUCCGGCGGGAGGCCGCAGAGAAGGAACUACUUCUGGUUGGAAGGAUCGUCACAGUUGUCUUGGUGGUUGUGAGCGUGGUCUGGAUCCCGAUCCUGCAGAACUCCAACAGCGGUCAACUCUACAUCUACAUCCAGUCUGUUACCAGCUACCUCGCGCCGCCCGUCACGGCCGUCUUCCUGCUGGCUGUUUUCUGGAAGCGAGCCAAUGAACAGGGAGCUUUCUGGGGCCUGAUGUCGGGGCUAGGGGUGGGCCUGACCCGGAUGGCCUUGGACUUCGCACACCCCAAAUCUCGCUGCGGCACCCCAGACGAGCGCCCUUUUCUUCUGAAAGACGUCCAUUACCUUCACUUUGCCGCCAUCCUCUGCCUGAUGACGGCCGCCGUGGUGGUCGGACUCUCUUUGCUGACCAGCCCUCCUGCCGAGCCCCAGAUCGAAAACAUGACCUGGUGGACUCUUCAAAUACCCACCGGGAAGACCUUCGGGGACCGCACGCCCUCUCUCUUCUGGUCUCGGGUGUGCUGUGUCAACGCCAUCCUUCUGCUCUGCGUGAACAUAUUUUUCUACGCUUAUUUUGCUUAA